AUGAACACAGAGGUACAAAGGUUUUCUUCUCCAUCGAAAUUAUGCAAAGACACUUCUCUCAUGGUGAACGACAGUGUUCUCAUCAUCUCAAAUUCGUUUCAAAUCGAUUCAACUUUGCAAUCCUACUCUGAUUCUGAUCAAAGCUCCAUGGAUUUAAUUCAACGUUCUUCAUCGAUGAAAUUUGAUCGCGCCAUAGCUCCUCCUUCUCUUCUCCUUUCUGAUGAAUCCUCUGUUGUUCACCACUUUAAUCAUCUCCAAAGCGGCUCAAAAUUCCAUCGCGAUUCAGCUUUCUUCAACACUAAGUGGAGAGAUCGAAAUCAUCUUCAUCCUUAA